GUAAGGGAAAACCUAGAGGCUUGCAAAGCGCUCGCAAACUGCGUACACACCGUCGAGAAGAACGGUGGGCAGACAAACAAUAUAAAAAGCGGGCUUUGGGUACAGCAUAUAAAUCAUCUCCUUUUGGCGGAUCUUCUCAUGCUAAGGGUAUCGUACUAGAAAAAAUUGGUGUUGAAGCUAAACAACCGAAUUCGGCUAUUAGGAAAUGUGUCCGUGUUCAAUUAAUAAAAAAUGGUAAAAAAGUUACAGCUUUCGUACCGAAUGAUGGUUGUCUAAAUUAUGUCGAGGAGAAUGACGAAGUGUUAAUUGCCGGUUUUGGUCGUAAAGGUCGCGCUGUUGGUGAUAUUCCCGGUGUGCGUUUUAAAGUGGUUAAAGUAUCUGGUGUAUCUUUACUGGCUCUGUCAAUUUCAAGACCAAUAACUUUUUCUGAUGAUGACAUUACUCUAACAGAUGAAAAGAAGGAGAAACAAUACGUACACGAUGUGUACGAAGCGAUAGCACCACAUUUCAGUAAAACAAGAUUUAAGCCUUGGCCUGUGGUUGAAGCAUUUCUCAAACAGCUACCAAGUGGGAGUAUUGGUGCGGAUGUUGGUUGUGGUAAUGGCAAAUACUUGAGUUCAAAUUUAAUUGCGAUAUGUGGUUCAAAAGGAUUUGAGGUUAUGAUAAGUGAUGCGUUAAAUUUACCGUAUAGAACGGAAAGUUUUGAUUUUGUAAUAUCAAUAGCUGUUAUCCAUCAUUUAAGUUCAAUCGAUCGAAGAAAUACUGCAAUCAUGGAGUUAUUUCGUAUAGCGAAACCAGAUGCACAAAUCCUUAUCUAUGUCUGGGCAUUAGAACAAUCUACCAGUUCAAGACGUCAGUUUGAUCAAGAGCAUCAAGACGUUUUUGUUCCGUGGGCUAUGCCUAUCCAGACGAACAAUCUUGACAAUAUAGAUGAUCAAAAUGAAAAGAAAAAAGAAAUUGUUUACAAUCGGUAUUAUCAUCUUUUUCGAGAAAAUGAAUUAGAUGAUUUAAUUAUAAGAACAGGUCUUGCUGAUAUUGUUAAAUCAGGUUAUGAUAAAGAUAAUUGGUAUGUGAUUGCAAAAAAGAAACAUCUUACUUAUUAG